AUGCUAAGGUUAGUGUCUUCACAAACAUGCCGGUAUAGUUCGAGAAGGCUAUUGAAAACAUCUCUACUUAAGAAUGUAUCUACCGUGAGAGUUGUGAGAAGAGGACUAGCCACUACUGGUACUGAUAAUUUUCUAUCGACUUCAAAUGCCACUUACAUCGAUGAGAUGUACCAAGCUUGGCAGAAAGACCCAUCUUCCGUCCAUGUUUCAUGGGAUGCAUAUUUCAAGAAUAUGUCUAACCCAAGGGUCCCUGCUACGAAAGCUUUCCAGGCACCCCCCAGUAUCAGUAAUUUUCCUCAAGGUACUGAGGCCGCUCCGUUGGGGACCGCAAUGACUGGUUCGGUGGAUGAAAAUGUCUCGAUACAUUUAAAAGUGCAAUUGUUAUGUAGAGCUUAUCAAGUUAGAGGUCACUUAAAAGCACAUAUCGAUCCUUUAGGUAUCUCAUUCGGUAGUAACAAAAGUAAUCCUGUUCCACCAGAAUUGACGUUGGACUACUACGGCUUUAGCGAACACGAUCUUGAUAAGGAGAUUAAUUUAGGGCCUGGUAUUUUGCCAAGGUUUGCCAGUGACGGCAGAUCAAAAAUGACCUUGAGAGAAAUUGUGGAUCACUUAGAAAAGCUAUACUGCUCCUCGUACGGUGUACAAUACACACAUAUCCCAUCUAAACAAAAGUGUGAGUGGUUAAGAGAAAGAAUUGAAAUUCCAGACCCUUACCAAUACACAGUGGAUCAAAAGAGGCAGAUCUUAGAUAGAUUAACAUGGGCCACUUCCUUUGAGUCGUUCUUAUCUACAAAGUUCCCAAAUGAUAAGAGAUUCGGUUUGGAAGGUUUGGAAAGUGUUGUUCCAGGUAUCAAAACUUUAAUCGAUCGUUCGGUUGAAUUGGGUGUAGAGGAUGUUGUUUUGGGUAUGGCUCACCGUGGUAGACUAAACGUCUUAUCCAAUGUGGUUCGUAAACCAAACGAAUCCAUCUUUUCUGAAUUUAAGGGUUCCAGUGCCCGUGAUGAUAUUGAAGGUUCGGGAGAUGUUAAGUACCAUUUAGGUAUGAACUAUCAAAGACCUACUACUUCAGGAAAGUAUGUUAACUUAUCCUUGGUUGCCAAUCCCUCUCACUUGGAGUCCCAAGAUCCAGUUGUUCUUGGUAGAACAAGAGCCUUAUUACACGCCAAGAAUGAUUUAAAUGAGAAAACAAAGGCUUUAGGUGUUUUAUUGCAUGGUGAUGCUGCUUUUGCUGGCCAGGGUGUUGUCUAUGAAACCAUGGGCUUUUUGACCCUACCAGAGUACUCUACAGGUGGUACUAUUCAUAUCAUUACUAACAACCAAAUCGGGUUUACUACAGACCCAAGAUUCGCAAGAUCCACACCAUAUCCUUCCGAUUUGGCCAAGGCUAUUGAUGCUCCAAUUUUCCAUGUCAAUGCGAAUGACGUGGAGGCUGUGACAUUUAUUUUUAAUUUAGCUGCAGAAUGGAGGCAUAAAUUCCACACCGAUGCUAUCAUUGAUAUUGUUGGUUGGAGAAAACAUGGUCACAACGAAACUGAUCAGCCAUCUUUCACCCAGCCACUGAUGUACAAAAAAAUUGCGAAGCAAAAAUCUGUGAUUGACGUCUAUACUGAAAAGUUGAUUAAUGAAGGCUCAUUUUCCAAUAAAGAUAUUGAUGAGCACAAGAAAUGGGUAUGGAACUUAUUCGAGGAUGCUUUCGAAAAGGCGAAAGAUUACGUUCCAUCACAAAGGGAAUGGUUGACAGCUGCGUGGGAAGGAUUCAAAUCACCAAAGGAAUUGGCAACCGAGAUAUUGCCACACGAACCAACUAAUGUUCCUGAAAAAACUUUGAAAGAGUUAGGUAAAGUUCUCUCCUCGUGGCCUGAAGGCUUCGAAGUGCACAAAAAUCUAAAGAGAAUUUUGAAAAAUAGAGGUAAAUCUAUCGAGACAGGUGAAGGCAUUGAUUGGGCUACCGGUGAAGCUUUGGCAUUCGGUACUUUAGUUUUAGAUGGCCAAAAUGUCAGAGUUUCUGGUGAGGAUGUGGAAAGAGGUACAUUUUCUCAACGUCACGCAGUUUUGCAUGACCAACAAUCUGAAGCCAUUUACACACCGCUAAGCACCUUGAACAAUGAAAAGGCUGAUUUCACAAUCGCUAAUUCCUCCUUGUCCGAAUACGGUGUCAUGGGUUUCGAAUAUGGUUAUUCACUAACUUCUCCAGAUUAUUUAGUCAUGUGGGAAGCUCAAUUCGGUGAUUUUGCGAAUACAGCGCAAGUUAUCAUCGAUCAGUUUAUUGCCGGUGGUGAACAAAAAUGGAAGCAACGUUCUGGUUUAGUUUUGUCUUUGCCUCAUGGUUACGAUGGACAGGGUCCAGAACACUCAUCUGGUAGAUUAGAAAGAUUCUUGCAAUUAGCCAACGAAGACCCAAGAUAUUUCCCAUCGGAGGAAAAAUUGCAAAGACAACAUCAAGAUUGUAAUUUCCAGGUGGUGUACCCAACUACACCAGCUAACCUAUUCCAUAUCUUAAGAAGACAACAGCAUCGUCAAUUCCGUAAGCCGUUAGCAUUAUUAUUCUCCAAGCAAUUGUUACGUCACCCAUUAGCCAGAUCAUCACUCUCUGAGUUCAGCGAAGGUGGAUUCCAAUGGAUUAUUGAGGAUAUUGAGCAUGGGAAGAGUAUCAGUACAAAAGAGGAAACCAAGAGACUUGUUUUACUAAGUGGGCAAGUUUACACUGCUUUACACAAAAGACGUGAGACUCUGGGUGAUAAGACCACCGCCUUCUUAAAGAUUGAAGAACUUCACCCAUUCCCAUUUGCUCAACUACGCGAUUCGUUGAACUCUUAUCCAAACUUGGAAGAAAUUGUUUGGUGCCAAGAAGAACCAUUGAACAUGGGUUCUUGGGCAUAUACAGAACCACGGUUGCACACCACAUUGAAGGAAACAGAUAAGUAUAAGGAUUUCAAAGUCAGAUAUUGUGGCAGAAACCCAAGUGGUGCUGUUGCCGCAGGUAGUAAAGCGCUACAUUUGGCCGAAGAAGAUGCUUUCUUGAAAGAUGUUUUCCAACAAUCCUAA